AUGGUGAUUGAAAAGCUCAGUUUUACUUGUGAUAGACUUCUGUCACACCGACAGUUAGCAUGUUGUCACUCUUAUUGUGGUAUACCACUGAAUGGCAAGAACAUCCUGAUUUACAGUAACAUGGACAUAGAGCAGAAGCCCCUGCUGCUCACUGGCCACCAUGGUGAGAUCAGGGCCAUGACCUUUGGAAAACGAAGCGGAUCUGUACUUCUCUGCUCUGCCUCUGCUGACUAUAUCAUUGUCUGGGAUAUUAAACUGUGCCAGAGGAGAACACAGGAGUGUAAAGUUGCAGCUGGAACAGUUAUUGGGACUUUACUGGGGGAAGUCGUCCAUCUUUCUUUCUGUUUUUCUGAUGAACGAGUGGCAGCAUGCUCGGGAGCAACUGUAUAUAUUCUCAGCUCAAAGAGACAUGAAGUGAUCUCUACCUUGACCAACCACCUCGGACCGUUAACAUCAGCAGAGUUCUGUCCCUGGAAUAAAGACAUUCUCGUCACCACAUCAGAGGACCGCACUUUUAAGGUGUGGGAUUUAAAAACUGUAGCCGUUUUCUACCAGUCUUUUGUGCUUUCAGCCUCUCCACUGCUCAGUGUGUUCUUCUUGGAGGAGAACAGGCACCUUAUCACUGGCUCAACUGAUGGACAGCUGUGGUGCUUUUCUCUCCACGAUGACCACAAGUGUCACCUUGUGACCAAAAUGGACCUUCAGAAGAUGGAAAAAAGACAUCAAGUGCAUCAAGGCACUGUGAACGAUCAAGCAGGUGUUGAAGCUGUAGAUAAAGUGGAGACUUCAAAGCCUGUCCUCAGAAUGGCUUCAUGUAGCUUAUUCAUUGGAACCAGUAAUGAGGAUAAAAAGGACCACAGCUGGUUAUGUAUUGGAAGCUCCGAUGGCCUGUAUGUGGUGGAUCUGGCUACCUCGGAACUCCUAACAGCACUAUAUUUCAGGGAUUACCCCAAUUUGAGCAUCACAAUGGCUGGGUCGUGGUCCAUCUCUCCAGGCUGGGAUGACUCUAUAGUGUUUUUAGUGAGCUCUUUGUUCACCCCAUGUGUGGCCCUGUUGGAAUUACGUCUGUGUGACCUACGGAGCACCUUGGCUUGUGGUGAAGGCUUUUCAGUGUUCCCGAGUUGUACUCUGCUGCUUGAAUCUCCUCUGAAUGCCGAGUUAAAGAAGAAGGAGCCCGAGCAUCCUAAAAGGAAAGGAGGAAUAAAGGAGCAGCCUUUGAUUUUCCACUCGAAAGUGAAGUCAUCUGGAUACAGCAGUGCCCCAAGAAGUAUUAUGUUUUCACCUAAAACAAAUAUCCAGAAGAAUCCUUCCUCUAAAAAGGCUAACAAAAACACAGGUUUACUCCUCAGAGAUUAUCCCGCAGACAGUUCAGCACCUGCUAUUCCAUACAUUCAUCUAAACCUUGUCAACAAGCCAGUCCACUGCCUUCAGUAUUCAGGUGAUGGCAAACACAUCCUGUGUGGUCUUGGCGACAGCUCAGUGUUAUUGUACAAGUCCUCCCUUACUGGCAAUCCAACUGUCUACACAGGGCAUGACAAGCCAGUGGGCAGUGUGAGCUGGAGCCUCAACAGACAGUGGUGGUUGAGUGCGUCAGAGGACCAGUCACUACGAAUCUGGACCCACGGGAACCCAGAGCCUGCCAUCAUCAUGGGCAACAGUAUGUUCUCCAAACCCAUUAGAAGUGCUCAGUUUUAUUACCUCGACAAAUUUCUGCUUCUGGCAUCUGGGCCCUCUGUAUACCUGUACCUGUAUAAUGUGGACAUCACACGUGACAACAUCAAAAGGUAUCAGCAAAGGAGUGUCGUCAAAUUGGCAAGCUGCAUUACGACGACAUCAGCAACAGACAUCACUGCCUUGUCUGCCAUCAAUGAUUUCUUCUCUUACAUGGUUCUGGUGUGUGGCUCAGAUCGGUCCAUUCAAGUAUUUGACAUGAACAAGGGUGUUGUUGUUUCAGCGCUGCCUGAUGCCCACAGCAGAGCCGUCCACUGCAUUACACAGAACAAGGGCUCCAUGUUCAGCACACAAGCAGCUGAUUCAUACAACCUCUUCCUCACAAGUGCAGUCACUGAUGGUGUGAAGAUUUGGGACCUCCGUACACUGAGGUGUGUCCGGCGCUAUGACAACCAUCUUAAUCGCUGCCAUCCGUGCUCUUCAUCCGUCUCCCCGUGCGGCCGGUUCAUUGCCUCUGGCUCUGAGGAUAACUGUGCCUACGUGUAUGACAUCCGCAGCAGCAGCUACCUCCACAAACUUCAAAGACACUCCGACACGGUGCUCAGUGUGACUUUCAACCCUGCCACUCCAGAGCUGCUAACUGGGACCCUGGAUGGAAAGCUGAGACUGUUUCAGUCGAGCAGCGGGGCCCGUCUGUCUCAUGACACCAGUGCUGCUGUGCAUAGCGUCCCCAACAUGACUGCGUAAUUACAGCAGGCUGCUGCAAAGACCAUGCAGGUUUCAUUAAAGCAGUUCCAACCCCCUGGCUAGGAUUUCACUGGGAAUGGAGAAAGUAAGGGUUUUAUUUAUUGGUUAAAUGAAGAUCAUAAAUAGAUACAAGUUUAAAGAGCUUUUCUUUUUCCUGUUGUAUGUGCCUGUUGUGUUCUUCUACUUCUGUGCCUCCCAUUUCAGCUCAUCUUUUUUAAAUUUCCAGUAUGUUCAUCAUUAGACCACUUUUUUUUCUUUCUGAGAUUCAAAGAGAUAUCAAUUGUUUUAUUAAAUAUCUUUCAUCAGAAUCAUUUAACCACAUGCUUGUGAUUAUAAGAUGUAAUAUGUUCUCUAUUACAGAUAAUUACAGCUAAACUUGCCAAAAACAAUUUGAUCAGCAGUUAUUCCCAUCUAUUCGUCCACAUUAUGGCUGGUCAAGUAUCAGAUUGACUUUGUUCAGUAUGUGGAACAGAUGUCCUUCUAUAUCUCUGGCUGUGACCAGCAGAUCAGCACACAGAGCUAUGACAUCAACUGGGUGCAGCCUCUCUGGCUGCCAGACACAGAUGCUACUACUGUUCAUACUGACACACCCGUCCGCAUUGUUUAAGCUGUACAUUUACUCUUCACACCCACAGUUGCAAUAAUAAAAUGGCAGCUACAACUAUUCAACUUUUAUAGAGCAGAAUAAAAAAGUAGGGCGCUGACACUGUGAAAUUGAAGAUUAGAAAAAAGGUUACAUUAUUGGUGAUAUGUAUUGUCCAGUACAAAUAAAUUAUUACAUCAUAGUUACAAGUUUGUGGAAAUGAUUAUAUAUAUUAUUAUAGUCGUCUGCUUUCUACACGGUAUGCGUGCUGUGUUACUGCAUGUCCAUUUGUUUUAGGAAUAUGUAAGGCAUGCCUCAAUGUUCUACUUUAGGACAACUUCUGUUUUCUAGACAGGGCGUAUGUCCACAUAGUGUCUUUCUUUGGGUUUUGUUUCUAUGACAACAUAUCAGCACUCUUACUGCACUCCUACUGUAUGAUGGACUAGCAUCACCUCUUCUCUAUUUAUUUUCUAUUGGGGCUACUAUUUAUUUGUUUGACACUGUUUUUUCACCAUGAGUACCAAUCAGAGCAUUGCCUGAGAAGUAACGAGAACCUAGAACUAGAACCUCAACUCCAAAUCCGAGUCUGGUUUUGGUUUAUACCAACGUUACAUCUCCCAGAACGUUGAUAAAAUGGAUUUAUGGAUUGACUCUGGACCUACUUUUAAAGUUGGUCAUGUUAUAAAAAAGUUUAUUUUGUUAUUGUAUGGCUCUGUAUCGUUCCAGCCAUGCUUUUGACUUUAAUGUCAGAAAUAAACUUGCUUCAGAACUUACAUUAACAAAACUGGACUUUUCUGAUGUUGACCAUCAAUCUUCUUCCUCUCAAUGUCUUCUAUAAUGUAUGUGGUGUUGUUUUGUGUAAUACAAUGAAUUGACAAUUGCAUUGAUGUUUUUUUGGGGGGUAUCGCGUCUACAAAACAAAAAAAGGUUUAUAUGCAAUACAAAAGUAACUACUGGUGACUACAUCAUGUAUGCUUUCAGGUUUGAUAUAAAGCUUUUACCUUCUCCAUUUCAAGUACAAUCCCUCAGCUAAUAACUAAUUAAUAUAUCCUGAAGACAUUUCACUGGCAACCACUUUGUUUUCUUUAACGUUUAGAGAUCGGCAACGACUUUUCACUUUUUCAUGCCCAGAAAAAAACUCCUACUAUUUCCUACUAUGCUGCCAUUAUUGCUGCCGACAUGUUCUAAUCCACAGCUGUCUUAAGAGAGGCUGAAGGAAAACUACCUAUCUGCAAUGGAAUGAAAUUUCAAGCGUCACUCAUCCCCCCGUCCAUUAGGAAAAGAUCUUGUAUUUGACGCAUUAUCUGACGCUGAGGAUAGAAAGAUAAAUCCACUGAUAAGCCACCUUGUUUUAGGGUGAGUAUUUAGAAAUGCUCAUCUCUGCCUUGUCCCCAGUCCAAUAUUCUGUGUUUGAUUUACUUUUUGGACUGUUUGCUUUAAUUGAUACCAAGGCAGAGUGCGUGUGAAGAUUAUUCUCCGUGAACCAUCAGCCUCAGUUAGGCAGAUUGAAUAUAGUUUUGAAGUUGCACAGUUUGCCAGGUUUCCUAUCACAAAAAACUGAUGUUAUACUUUAAAAAAAAAAAAACAGGGCUGAGGCUGCAUUGGAUUUAUGGGGUGGUACCUAUCUUUGGUCAUACACCACAUUAUGCAUGUGUGCAUGUUUUAGUUUUUUUUAUGCCACAAAGAAAGGUAUGUACUGGCAAGGUUGAGUCUGCCCUGUCAUGGUGAGCUUUAGUGUUCCUGAAAGCAGAAUAGACUUUCUACUGGAAAAAAACACAAUAAAUUGAGUAAAUUUAUGUAGCCAUGUUCUUUCUCCAUUUUAAUGUGCUGGAAUGUUUGUCUGUCUGUGUGUGUAUGCUUGCGCAUGUGUGUCAGUGCG